GCACUUCGAUAUAUUUAGGUGUUUCUCGAGACCGCGUGCGCGUGGCCCCCGAAGGCGCUGUAUUAUGCGAAAGCAAACGGAUUCGAGCUAACGAGCUAACGUCGCUCGCUAGCGGCUACUCGCGAGCUAACGCUAACUACGAGCGUCUCUCACGGAAAUGGGUCCGCUCGUUACAAUCCAUGAGCCCGGGAGGAAAGCGCACUCGAACAUGACGCUCCUCUUCCCCCGGGCUGGCGAACGUCUUUGUAUUUUGUCCCUCAAUAAUAAUAGUAUUCAUCAUCCGGGAUGAAAUAGCUGUCCGGUGUCAGACUGCUGUUUGUGUCGGCUAACUUCACUUGAGCUAGUUCCAGCUAGCUAGCUAUUAACCGAGAUAGGGAGCACCCGCUAGCCUGCUAACGUUACGUUAUGUAGUUAGCUCACGUUAAAUGGACAAUGUUGUCCCCACAAAACCCCGCUAACGAGCUUCGUUUAGGGCAGCUAGCCAGAAUACUGACUUUAUUUAAAGUCGAGUUAUCACAACGCGAGGUUGAACCAGAGCCUGUCCCCCUCCUGAACAGGCUCGUACACAACGUAAUGUCGGUGUGUGCUUUUGUUUUUCUCUCCUCAGAUUUUGAUAAGAAGGCAAAGUCGGAGUCGUCUCCUCUUCUGGAGCAGUUUCUAUGUCAUGUUGCCAAGACUGGAGAGACCAUGGUCCAAUGGUCUCAAUUUAAGAACUACUUCCUGUUUAAAUUGGAGAUGGUGAUGGAUGACUUCAGCUCCUCGUCACCUGAGCAAAGAAAUCUCGAAAAUCCCAACGUGGAAUCGAUUCCAUUUGAAGAUAUGAAGGAGAGAAUCCUGAAGAUUGUGAAGGGUUACAAUGGAAUUCCAUUUACGAUCCAGCGCCUGUGCGAGCUGCUCACAGAACCCAAGAGGAACUACACAGGAACUGAAAAGUUUCUUCGGGGGAUGGAGAAGAAUGUAAUGGUGGUAAGCUGUGUUCACCCAACCUCAGAAAAAAAUGGAUGCAGUGCCGUCAACAGAAUGAAUGGAGUGAUGCUUCCUGGGAACACAUCUGCUUUUACAGAGAGGAAAGCGAACGGCCCUGGAACACCCCGGCCGCUGAACCGACCGAAGGUGUCUCUGGCCAACUCACGAGCAGCCAACGGCCUGCCGGACAGCACAGACGACAAAGACCUCAACACAGAGCAAGAAGAAGACGACGACGAUGACGACAAAGACUCCAGGUAUGCCGCCAGAGAAUCUACUCUCCGUGUUCGACGCGAUCCCACCGGAAGCCCAUUUGAAUCUCCCGCCUCUCCUCGGUUCGCCAGCGAGGUUUCGGCGUCGGGGGCUUCCCUCGGGAGCUCGGUGAAGAACAAACACCAAGAGGACGAGGAAGAGGACAUGGAAGCCGAGCACCAGGAAGUGAAGAGACUUAAGUUCAGCAAGGACGAUGACGACGAGGAGGACGACGACGAGGACGAGGAAGAUCAGGAGGCGGACGCGCUGAGGCCUUCGAGCACCGCCUGCCUCUCCAAAGAGGCAGAAGCCAUGGUCCAGGAGGACGAGGAGGAGGAGAAGGCUGGCUACGGCAAGGAGAACGAAGCCUCCAGCAGUGGGGCUGCCGCCGAGGACCAAGAACCAACGAGCAGCACGCAGGCCGAGGCGUGUGCGGGCUCCGGCGCGGAGGCCGAGCGGGAGAUGCCGUGCGGCUCCCAGGAGGAGGGCACUGACAUGGAUCAGACGGAGCAGCAGGCGCCUGCAGGCGUCCUGGGGAGCCCCGAGACCAGCAGGGACAGCGAGGAGAGCAACAGUGACCCAGUCAGCAGCAGCAGCAGUAGCAGCAGUAGCAGCAGUAGUAGCAGUAGCAGCAGCAGCGGUAGCAGCUGUAGCAUAGAGAGUGCAGAAGCAACCAGAGAAGACGUAGCGCUCGCUCCCUCCAGCAGUACGUCUGAACCUCCUACAGAGGGCGCCAUGGAAAGUGCCGCCUUGAACACUGGGACCACUGAGGAGCCUAUGGAGCAGGACUAGACUGAAUGCCUCUCCCCCCCCCCCCCCCUGCAGCCAUGUGUGACCAUGAACCAGCUUGUCCUUGAGUCCAGCUCGACCGUCACUGAGGACAGCGAUACCUCGUACACAGGACAGACGCCUCGUCCCGCUUUUGGACACUCCUCCAAAAUGGCUACCUGGCAUUGAUGUGGGCAUACAAAUAAAUUUUCAUUUGAAGUUUUCUUUCUUUUUAACUGGAAUAUAUUAUUGAUCUUAUUAUCCUCUUUUAAAGUUUCCCCCCUUUUUUUUCUUUUUUUAAAGGGGGUCGGUUUCGGCAGUUUUGAGUUUCUUUGCCGGAAAUCUUUUAAUUCUUUAUUUAUUUUUUUACAUUCAGUGGGGUUCGGAUGCUCGGGUGGUCUGGUUCUUUUGAGACUUCUGCCACGUUGUGACAAGGCGGUCAACAUUACGCCCGGUGUACGACACCGCCAGGGUCAGAACGGAGCCACGUCAGCCCCUGGUUAUUUAUGAAAUGUUUAUGGAUAUGAGCGACCACCUCCAUUUCUGUUCCUGACUGGACUUAGUCAAACAGCAACCCACCACCGCUAUAUUAUUAUUACUCCACCAAGUUCCUCCAGGCUGUUGAGAAUGUGUGUUUUAAAUAACUUCUCUAUCCUUAUGAGAUGGGAGACUUUUUUUUCUUUUUCUUUCUCCCCCUUCUAAUUAUUUUAACCACAUUUUGUUUUGCAUUGAUACACUACCAAUCCCACUAACAAUACAAUGACAUGCUACCUUGUUGAGGCGUCUUCUGUAAAAUGAUAUAUUUUGGAUGCAUAAAACCACCAUAAUUUAUAUGAUCAAUUCAAUGAGUUACUUUGGAGUAUGUCUUUUAUAUUUUGGUUUCGUCUGCCAGUUGUAGUUUACAAAACCAGCUGUAAAUACAAAGAUGACUUCUGCUUUCUUUGUAUCGUGAUGUCACCAUGUUGUUUCACCGACCGAUGUCCGGAGCGGUCUCUGGUUCCAGUUCUACACCUGUUUCUGCAGCUGUACUUUUUGAUAUUUAGAAUUUUAAAUUUCUGUAAAGUAGAUUUUUGUAGAUUGUUAUACGGUAUGUGUUCACUGCCUUUGUGAAACCAUAUAUAAUUGUAUAAUUUCUGUGUAUACUCUGGAUGCUUCUGCUUUCAGUGCGGUAUUCAGAAACGGCAAUAAAUGUUAACAUUUUUA